CUCCUCUGACUCGGUCUGCUCCGUUGCCCCUCGAUCGCUGCCAUAUAUUUCCGCGCUGUCUCGGCCUGUGUUGCUCGCCGCCAUCGCGCUCAAACUCUCUGCCACCUAGCUUUUCAAGCCAUCCCAUCUCGUCGGACACCCGGCCCGCCUCCUGCUGAUCUCUGCAGAGCACUCCUUUCCCCUGCUACAUCUCUCAAACUGCCAAGCUAUUUCCCAACAUGUCCCAGGAUAUUGAAUACGAUAUCAUCGUCGUUGGUGCCGGUGUUGUUGGCUGCACCGCUGCUGCGGCUCUCGGCCGUGACGGACGCAAGGUUCUCCUGAUCGAGCGGGACUGGAGCGAGCCCGAUCGCAUCGUCGGCGAGCUUCUCCAGCCUGGUGGUGUCAAAGCCCUGAAGGAGCUUGGUCUCGACUGGACCCUCGAUGGCAUCGACGGCAUUAUCCACGAUGGCUAUGUCGUCUAUCAGAACCCCGAGGACCACGUUUUGCUCAAAUACCCGACCGACCGCGGCGUCAGCCAAGGCAUUGCUUUCCACCACGGCAAGUUCAUCAUGAACCUGCGCAAGGCUGCCCGCCAAGCCCCCAACGUCACCACCCUCGAAGCCACUGUCACCGCCCUCGCCACGGAUGAAACUGACAAGGUUGUCGGCGUGAGCGUCUCGACCAAGACCGAGCCUGGCGCCGAGCCUGUUCUGUCGACGAUCUAUGCGCCCCUUACCCUGGUCGUCGAUGGCUGCUUCUCCAAGUUCCGCAAGGACCUCUCCCCGAACAAGGUCACCAUCUCGUCUCACUUUGUCGGCAUGGUCCUCAAGAACUGCAAUCUGCCAUACAAGCACCACGGACAUGUCAUCUUGUGCAAGCCUUCUCCAGUCCUGCUCUAUCAGAUCGGCACCGACGACACCCGAAUCCUCAUGGAUGUCCCCGGCAAGAUGCCCACUGGCGGUGAGCUCAAGACUUAUCUCAAAGAUACGAUCGGCCCCCAGCUGCCAAAGUCUGUGCAGCCAUCUUUCUACGAGGCAAUCGAGAGCGAGCGUCUGCGCUCCAUGCCGAACCAGUGGCUGCCCUCGGCCAUGAACAAGCAAGAGGGCGUCAUUCUGCUUGGCGAUGCCAACAACAUGCGCCACCCUCUCACCGGCGGCGGCAUGACUGUUGCCUUCUGGGAUGUCGUCCAUCUGCGCGACCACCUCCACCCCAAGAUCAUCCCGACCUUCCAGAACUCGAAUACCCUGGUGCGAUCGCAAAUGGUCAAGCUGCAUCGCAAGCGUAAGGAGCUGUCCUCGGUCAUCAACGUCCUGGCGCAGGCUCUCUACAGCUUGUUCUCGGCCAACGACCAGCCGCUCAUGAUGGAGCUUCAGAAGGGCUGCUUUGGCUACUUUCAGCUUGGCGGACGAUGCGCCAGCACUCCAGUCGGGCUCUUGGCUGGCCUGCGGCCCGAGCCCCUCACGCUCUUCAACCACUUUUUCCUGGUCGCGCUGUAUGCCUCCUACACCAUGACCACCUCGGGUCCGAUUUACAUGGUGCCCUACAACAUUGUCAAGUCCAUCUUGGUGCUGUGGACUGCCUGCGUUGUGAUCCUCCCAGUCAUCUGGACCGAAAUCAGGGCCUGAUCUUCCCGGUCUCCCAGUCUCCGAGUCUGAGUGUCCGAGUCUGAGUGUCUGGGCCAUCGGGUCUCGGGCACUGGACCCAAGGAAGCCGCCAACCAGCGAGCCCUGUCAUCGCGACUGAUCUCGCAAGGUCUUCUCCCAGUUUGCGGAGAAUGGCUAGUUGGCAGGGACUCGGUCCAACAACCUGCAUCCACUUGAUCAACCAACGUCAUCUCCUGAUCAAACCUCCCUGCCUGUGCAAGCCCAUUUUUUCAUACAUUCUUUGUUUUUUCCUCUUUCUUUAUUCUACUGGAAUCGCCGAUCCAAGUCUUCCCACAAACUGAAUACAUAUCACAUCAUUGUA